ACGUAGCAUUAUUAAUAGAGCUCCCAAUCCCGAUCAUCUUCUUUCUUCAUAUAUUUUAAAACUCACGUAGAGACGGCUGUCCCAAGGAGUAGUGGCGGGUGGAUUUGGAUCUCUUCUAUUGCUAUCGACUUCUAGACAGAGAAGGCGGAAAAAGGGGAGGGAGAGGAAACAAAGAACACCAUUCAUAGAGUCGGCGAUUUGCAUCGAUCUAUGCAAUCGACGCGAAGCUCAUCGAUUGUUAGAUUCAUUGUUAGCAGCCAUCGCACACCACCGAUUCGGAUCGUAAUCGCGGCAUCGAGUUUGGUAUAUUAUGAGCUGGUUUGACAAGCUGCGUUGCUCCUCUAAUCUCAGCCGCUUCAUUGCCGGCCUUCUGAUCUUCAUUCUUUAUCAUUCUUUCCAAUUAAUCUCCAAUUUCUUGAUUCCUAUACGUCCGUAAUUUCCGCUCGUUGCUCUCCUUUCAAACUCAUCGUUCAGUCGAUUCGCCGGAGCUCUGUUUAGUUUGCUUUCAUAUGGAUCUCAAAGAUUCCUUCUCUGACAACUUGCUUGACGGCACAUUUGCUCCACACAUUGGAAGGCAUCGAAGUUCAACUCCUUCAGUGAUUGUGAUUGGUGGUGGCAUUUCGGGCAUUGCUGCUGCACGGAUUCUCAAGAAUGCUUCUUUUAAGGUACACGUUUUGGAGUCACGGGACAGAAUUGGUGGCCGAAUCCACACUGACUAUUCAUUUGGUUGCCCUGUAGAUAUGGGAGCCUCAUGGUUACAUGGGGCGUGCAAUGAGAAUCCUUUGGCUCCGUUGAUUCGUCAUUUGGGGCUUCCACUAUACCGUACUAGUGGUGACAACUCUGUAUUGUAUGAUCAUGACUUAGAAAGUUAUGCGCUUUUUGAUAUGGAUGGCCUUCAAGUUUCACAACAAAUGGUAAUUGAAGUCGGAGAUGUAUUCAAGAAAAUUCUGAAUGAGACAGAGAGAGUGAGGGAUGAACACAGCAACGACAUGUCUGUGCUUCAAGCAAUUUCAAUUGUGUUGGACAGGCAUCCAGAAUUAAGACAAGAAGGGCUUUCCCAUGAAGUUUUACAGUGGUACAUAUGUAGAAUGGAAGCUUGGUUUGCUGUAGAUGCAGAUAUGAUCUCUCUGCAAACCUGGGAUCAGGAACAUGUUCUUUCUGGUGGUCAUGGACUAAUGGUGCAAGGUUACCACCCUGUCAUUAAAGCGCUUGCAAAUGAUAUUGAUAUUCAGUUGAAUCACCGGGUGACAAAAAUAUCCUACGGGUCUGGUAAGGUGAUUGUUACUGUUGAGGAUGGAAGGCACUUUGUUGCAGAUGCUGUCAUUGUAACUGUGCCCCUGGGGAUACUAAAAGCCAAUUUAAUUGAUUUUGAGCCUAAAUUUCCAGAAUGGAAAGUUUCUGCAAUUUCAGAUCUUGGCAUGGGCAAUGAAAACAAGAUUGCUUUGCGCUUCCACGAUGUAUUUUGGCCAAAUGUGGAAUUUUUAGGGAUUGUGGCACCAACUUCUUAUUCAUGUGGGUAUUUUCUCAAUCUCCACAAAGCAACAGGCCACCCUGUCCUAGUCUAUAUGGCUGCUGGCAGAUUCGCUUUUGAUUUAGAGAAGAAAUCUAAUGAGUCUGCCGUGAAUUUUGUGAUGCAGCAGCUCAGAAAGAUGUUUCCCCAUGCACCUGAGCCUACUCAGUAUCUCGUUUCAAGAUGGGGAACAGAUCCAAACUCGCUCGGGUGUUAUUCCUAUGAUGCAGUGGGAAAGCCUAUAGAUUUGUAUGAUAGGCUUCGAGCACCAUUAGGCAAUCUUUUCUUUGCGGGUGAAGCGGUUAGCGUUGAGCACCAGGGUUCUGUUCAUGGAGCCUACUCAGCCGGGGUUAUGGCCGCAAAAAACUGUCGAAGAUAUCUGAUGGAGAGACUUGGAAGCCUGGAAAUGAUCCAGGUGAUGUCUGCGAGGGAUGAAGUUCUUGAAGCCACAGUUCCCCUUCAAAUCUCAAGAAUAUGAUGUUAUCUAUUUAACUAUAACCAUCGGACCAGUUGCAAGGAUUUUUCUGUUCUUGUUGGACUAAAUGACUUUAUUCCAAAAAUUGUGCAGUACUUUGUGUUUCAA